UUUGUAGCCAGUGGCCCAGUGCUGUAUGUAUUGCGGUGACAUACUCAUCAUUCUUCAUAUUGUCAUUUUACGGAAAUUCAUAGAGAAAUGUCGUCGGAGAUCGAGGUCGUUGAAGAGGUCGAGUCUCGUGACCAAGCAUCAUCUUCGGCUUCGGCUUUGGCCUUGGCCGCCGAUUCGGGCGGCGGAGGUGUAGCCAAUGGAGUUGGGGAAGAUAGCUUGCGAAACGAUGUGUACACGGCGGCCGCGUACGGGGAUUUGGAGAAGCUGCAGAGAUUGGUGGAGGAAGAGGGUUGCUCGGUUUCGGAGCCCGAUUCACUCGGCUACUUCGCUCUUCAGUGGGCUGCCCUCAAUAACCGCACUGCCGCUGCUCAGUAUAUUAUCGAGAAUGGCGGAGAUGUAAAUGCAACAGAUCAAACUGGGCAAACUGCAUUACAUUGGAGUGCAGUUCGGGGUGCAAUCCAAGCUUCAGAGGUAUUGCUCCAAGAGGGUGCACGGGUCAAUGUUGCUGAUAUGAAUGGCUAUCAGUCAACACAUGUUGCAGCUCAAUAUGGUCAGACAGCUUUCCUCUAUCACAUUGUUUCCAAAUGGAAUGCUGACCCUGAUGUUCCCGAUAAUGAUGGAAGAAGUCCUUUACACUGGGCUGCUUAUAAAGGUUUUGCAGACUCUAUACGUCUUCUUUUGUUCCUGGAUGCAUAUAGGGGUCGCCAGGAUAAAGAGGGUUGCACUCCUCUCCAUUGGGCUGCUAUCAGAGGUAACUUAGAGGCAUGCACAGUGUUAGUACAGGCUGGCAAGAAGGAAGACUUGAUAGUGACUGAUAACACUGGACUUACGCCAGCACAGCUCGCUUCUGAUAAGAAUCACAGACAAGUUGCCUUUUUCCUUGGAAAUGCUAGAAGGCUCCUUGACAAACGUUUUGAUGGGAAUAGCCGCCUUGGAAAAAUUUCAAAAUUAGGACUUGCCCCUGUACUUUGGUGUUUAAUAAUUCUGCUACUGGUGACUUAUACUCAAUCUGUCAUCAUUGCAUCAAAUUUUCCAAAAUUGACCGCUGGCUCGGGUCUCUUUGCAUGGUUAGGUGUUUUCUUGGCAUCUGCGGGACUAGUUAUGUUUUAUAGGUGUAGCAGAAAGGAUCCUGGUUUCAUUAGAAUGAAUGUGCAUGAUCCACAAAACAUGAAAGAUGAUGAACCAUUGUUGAAGAUAGAGAUAAAUAAUCCUGCUUUGCUAGCUGGGAAUUGGUCUCAGCUCUGUGCAACAUGCAAGAUUGUCAGGCCUCUCCGUGCAAAGCAUUGUUCCACUUGCGAUCGUUGUGUUGAACAAUUUGAUCAUCAUUGCCCUUGGGUAUCCAAUUGUAUUGGCAAGAAAAACAAGUGGGAUUUCUUUGCAUUCCUUGUUCUAGAAGUUUUGGCAAUGUUGAUCACUGGUGCAGUUACUCUUACAAGACUUUUAACCGAUCCACUUGCACCACCUUCUUUUUGGAAGUGGAUCAACUAUGCUGGUAAUCAUCAUGUUGGUGCUCUAUCAUUUCUGAUUAUGGAUAUUUUUCUCUUCUUUGGCGUGGCAGUUUUAACACUAGUACAAGCUUCUCAGAUAUCACGCAACAUCACAACAAAUGAAAUGGCAAAUGCAAUGCGCUACAGCUACCUAAGGGGUCCAGGCGGUCGGUUCAGAAACCCCUAUGAUCAUGGGAUGAAGAAGAACUGUUCUGAUUUCUUGAUUAAUGGCUACAACGAAGAUGUGGAGUAUAUUGAAGAAUCAGCUCAUUCUGAGGAGAUUGGAAUGGUGCAUAUGACAAGGAAUUCAAACUUACAAAAUGGGGAUGCCCAAUCUCAUCAAACUAAUGGCAAUGGCCAUGCUGUCAUCAAUGUAAAUUCUAAUAGCACCAAUACCCAUCACGGGCAUGUUCAUUCUUCCCAUUGCAGCCAUAAUAACCAUGGAAAAUCUAAGACUGACAGCAUCCCGUUGGGCUUGGGUCUUGGUCUUGGAAGGAACACCGCACGCUCAGUUGUAGCCUCCUGAUGUUAAUAUGUUGUCUGGUUGUAGCUGAAGUUGUGUUUGUAUUAUAAGGAUGUACCUGAUUUUUGAUCCAACAUUCAUUUUGAAAAAAAAAAAUAAUAUUGCUCUUUUCUCCCCUUGCAAAAAGCUCAAUUCUUGUAGGUUUGUUUUAAUGAUUUAACCAUAAAAGAUUUUAAAAGCUGUAUGUCAAUUUAGCUCACUGGCCUUGUGUUGUGAAGGCAUGUGGGUAUGAUGGGUUCCAAUACUUGAUGAUUUUUGGUGCCUGAAGAAA